AUGGCGAAGAGGAUGGCUAAGGGCUUCAUUGUUGCUUUUGUUGCGGUGUGUGUGUGUGUGUGUUUUGAGUGUGUGAUUAGAGUGGUGAUGCUCGCCAUCGUUGAGGACACGAGGCGGCUACUUCCGGCGGCACCCGCCCUUGGCUGGGGCCUGACGCUUUCGGAGCAGACACCUUCGCAGCUGCAUGCCAUUCGCCUUGACGCAAAUGGCCUUCCAAAUCGUGGCAUUCCGCAACGCAAUAGGCACGAUCCAGGCACAGAAGCGUACGAGCUGUACGGCGAGGUGCCGGGCAUCGAGCGCAAGGACGUGCACAUUGAGCUGACCGAGCCCAACGUGCUACUGAUCCGCGGCCACAUCGACCGCCCCUACAAGACCAAGAAGCAGGACAAGCAGGACAAGUACGGCGAGUGCGAGUGCCCCGACGACAAGAAGUGCGAGCCGUGCAAGAAGUCGGGCGGCGAGUGCCACAAGAAGGCCGCAGACAGCAAGCCAGGCAUGGCCCCGACUGUGCGCUACCUCCAGCGCGAGCUCUUUGUCGGCGACUUUGCCCGCGACUUUGCCUUCCCGGGACCUCUGCAAGAGUUCGAGAUCAAGGUAGUGGCGCCGCCGCAUCGAGAUCGGUCAAGGGGCCGGCCCAAGGAGUCACUCGGGAUAGCUGGUAAAAUCGUGAAAUCCCAUCUCCCGCCCGUGCGCUUCCCAUGUGCCAACCCAGCCCGCCCGGCCGCCCGGGUCAACAACGUUGAAGCCAUCAAAACCUUCAAAAGCCCCGAAAACGCGUUUACCGUGGUGUUUUCCAUUUUGACGAUUUCUUCGUUACUGAGUCGGCCUCGGAAUAAAGGGUCAUCUUCACGGGACAGCGACAGCCAGCGCGAGGGAGCCGGGGACGGCGAGGUCGAGGAAGCCGGAGACAGCGAGGUUGAGGGAGCCGGAGCCGGGGACGGUGAGGGGAUGUUUGGCAAAGGAAAAGCCUACAAAGGCCACCUGGUCGCUGCAGACCUUAAAACACCGACUGCGCACACAAAUGCCGGCAUGUGGAAGUGUAAAUAG